AUGGAUCGUUUCAAAGAACAAAUAACAAAAACAGUCCAACAACUUGGAGAAUCAUUUUCGACUGAUGACGAUGUCAAAGUUCUUCUAGAAGAUAUGGGAGAUUUCGUGAUGAGUUCAUAUGAUGAACCAAGUACAUCAGAAGUUGUAAAUAUUCCAAUUACACCAAAAACAACACCAAAAAAACAGAAAAUAUCAGAUGAUGAAGAAAUUAUCAAUUCAAUAGAUGCUGCUUAUUUUAUAGAUCAUGACGAUUUUAAUGCGAUAGAUUAUGAGCUCAAAAAAUUAUGUGAUGUUGAAAUGUGUUAUGAGGAUAUUCAAAGAGAACGUCUUCGACUAAAAUCUCAACAUACAGUAGUUUCAAAGAAGAUAUCAUCAUUGAUUAUGCAAAAAUCACCAUCAUAUAGUGGACAAAUUGGAGAAAUGGAUAAUAUUCGAAAAGAAUUAUCAGAAGUUAUCAAAAAUGUUGCUGAAAUUCGAAGAGGACUUUUGCUAUCAAAAUCUCAAACGAGAACAUGUUUAGGUUUGAUUGCAAAUGAGAAAAAAGAAAAGUAUGCUGAAAUAUUUGAAAGAAACACUGGAAACAGUUAAGGAUAUUUAUGAAGCUGAACAAAGAAUUCAAGAAGUUAUAGAACUUGGAAAUUUUCCACUUGCUAUUCAAAUGCUCAUCGAAAAUCAAAUAAAAGCAACAAGUUAUGCACAAUUCACAUGUAUAAAGUUAGUUUUAAAAAAUGAAAAUAUUUUUAAAAUCCAAAAAUUUUCAGCGAUGUCAUGUCAAAAUUAGCUGGUUUGAGUGUUUCAAUCGAAUCAGGCCUUUUAUCAAAAUUGAGUAAUAUUUCUGUAAUUUUCGAUCAAGAACAAUAUGGUUUUGUAUUCACUGCCUAUGAAAUGCUCGACAAGGCAAAUGAUCUAAUUUUGAAUUUGGAAGAUAUUUUCCAAAAAACUAUUGAAUCUACAUCUCGUGCAAUUGUAAUCGAUAAAUUGAAACCGGAAAAUUUUGAAGAAUCUACAUUUCUCAGUCUUUGCAUGGUAAGUUUAUUUGGGAUUAGGAAAAGUUUAUAUAUUUUUUCUAUUUAGAAAUUGGAGAAUGAUCAAAUAGUUCAAGUUUUCCGUGAAAUGGGAUUUGUUAUAUGUCGAACAUUAUUUUCAUAUCAUUCUGUGAUACGAUUCCAUUCUCAGGAACAUUUGCACGGUUAGUUUCAGCAAUUAUAAAAUUCAUGGAAAAAAAUGAGUCUUUUAUAGAAGUAUCAAAAGAAAUCAAACGAAUAUUAUUGGAAAAUCGACAAAAAUUAUAUCUGGUGGCUGUGACAAAAAUCAAAACUUUGAUAGAAUCGCGAGAUUUUGUUGCGUUAAAAUUCGAUCAAUUGUUAGAAAUUGUAGAUAUGAUAAAUCGAUUCAAUGCGAUUGGACAACAAUAUUUUUGCCAUAAUUCUCGAGAACUUUUGGAUGCUGUUGAAGUUAGAAUAUCAAAUUAUUUCGAAAAAUAUCAUAGGUAAAAAUUCCCAAAUUUUAUUUCUUAAAUUAAUUAAUACAAAUUCAGAGAUCGUCUUGAUGAAUUAAUUAUGUUUAUUGAAAAUGAAUCAUUCACAUUAUGUCCGAUUCCAAUUCAAUUCACUAUUUUUGAUUUACAAGAUUUUGAUUUUUUGAAAGAAGCAAAAAGAGCAGAAGAAGAAGAGCUAAAAGAAAAAGAGAAAGUGGGUGAAGAAAAUGAUGAAGAAGAAGAUGAGGAGAAAUUUAUAAUGGCCAAUGAUUGGUUGAAUCCAUUUAGCCAAGCUGUUAUAAAAGUUGGUUUUUUCUUUCAAUUAAUUUCAGUUCAAUUUUCUUCAAAUCUUUAAUUUCAGUCUCGCCAUCAAUCAACGUAUAGUCAAAGAUCAAAUCGAAGUUUAUCAACAACUUCUGAUAACUUCGAUGAUCCAUUAGAUGAACCAUCUUCAAAUCUUCAACCAUCACCGAAUUUGUGCAAUACAGCAUUGAAUCUUCUUCGAUUUUUCGGAAGAUAUAUUCGAAUGACUGCUCUUCUCCCAACUAUUUCCAAUAAAUCAGCACCUGCGAUUAUUGAAUUAUUCGAGUUUUUCUUUGCAUCGGUAAUUUAUUUUUUCAAAAUAACAUAUUGAUAAUGAUGAACUUUCAGAUUUGUCAUAUUUUUGCAACUGAAGGCUCUGAAUUUGUUGGAAAAAGUCAACGACUUAUGAAUUGUUUGGACAAUAUUUCGAAGAAGAUUUCAUCUAAAAAUAGUCCAUCUUCACCGUUCAAAAAAGUUUUUCGAUCGAAAGAAGAUGGAGUGGUUAGUUAAAAAUAGUUUUUUUUAUUUGCAAGAAAAUUGUUUUUUUUCAGAUUUAUCCAAGUCUUUGUCCAACUGUUCAAAUUGCUUUUAUUGAUAAUUUAUAUGGUGCUUGUGAAAGAAUUAUUGGAAUUGAUUCAAUGUGAGUUUUUUUUUCAAAUUAUUUUAAAUAUUCAAGUUUUGAAUAGGCUCUAAAAAUGAUUAUUAAAAAAUUCCAAGCUCUAAUUUUUAAAUUUUCAGUGAAUUUGUUGCGAAACAAUUGGAUCUUAUUCGACCUGUCAUUGAAUCUCUGAUACUUGAAGAAUUUAAAGAAGAAUUGCUUGAGAAAAUCGACGAGUUUUAUUCGAAGGUUAGUCUAGUCCUCUAUUUUUAUCUCAUAUAUUCCUCCCAAUUUCAGGUUCUCGUUUGUUGCUCUGAUGCAAAAGUUCUAAUAAUUGAUACAUCCGCAUCUCGUUCUCUUCGUCUAAAAACUCUUGUUGAAAAUGUAUCGGCUACAAAAUGGGAUAUAAAUGAGCUGAAAAGUCAACAUAGUCCAUAUGUUGAUCUUUUGAUUCAAGAUUUUGAAGUUUUUCGACUUCGAUUGAAUGCAUUGGAGGAAGAAAAUCCGAUUAAUGUUACUGAAAAUAUGAAACAAUUAUUUUGGAAUCGAGCCAUUUUUUAUGCUUUCAAAGCACUUGUUCAAGGGUAAGCUUGAAAUUUUUAUAUUUGAGGUUAACGUUCUUAAUAAAAAAAAUAUUUUUAGUUAUGGUGAUGGUGGAAAAUGUUCGACAGAAGGACGUGCUUUGAUGCAGUUGGAUUUUCAAAAUAUUCUGAUGAAACUCGAAAAUAUUUGUGGCCAAAAACCAGUUCCUCACGCGAAUUUUGUUGAUGGUUAUAUCAAAGCAUAUUAUUUGCCAGAAAAUGGAUUGGAACAAUGGAUUAAAAAUCAUUCGGUGAGUAUUUGAGGGGAGAGACCGAAAGCUUCGGCGAACUUUCUAUAAGUUAUGAUAACUUUGCUACUGCGCGAUUUUGCCUCCAUCCCAAAAGUUUCAAAUUUCUUUUAUUUCAGGAAUAUUCUUCAAAACAAAUAACUUCACUUCUCGGUGCCGCUGCUCAUGUUAGCAAAAAAGCAAAAAUUCGAAUUUUGGAUGCGCUCAAGGAAUAA